AUAGUCUCGUUUCACUUCCCAUCGUUGUUUCGUUACCCUCUGUUUCUACUCCGAUCGAAACUUUUCUACUUAUUUGAUCACAGUUUUCAGUUUGUCUCUUUGAAGAUGGCUCCUCGUGAUAAAAAAACAAACAAGUUCUACGAUGAUGAUGAUGAUGAUUUGCAGAGGAAGAAGAAACAGAGCUUUUUCAAACAGAGAUUUCCUGGUUUUAAGAAGAAAGCCACAGAGCUCUCUGUUCUUUGCGGUAACUCUGUUGGUUUCAUCUGUUACGGUCCCGACAACGAUCUCCAUGUUUGGCCUCAGCCUCAUGAUCAUAACCCACAAACCCUAACACAGAUCGUGGCCAAGUUCAAUGCGUUGAGUGAUCACAAGAGGAAGCAUCACGCCUGCGAUAUCUACGACUUCCCUAAUCUCAAGGGUUUAUCCGGUGACGAGUUGAGGAACCAUCUCGUUAACCUUGACUCUCACUUAGUUGGAGUCAAGCAACAAAAGAUAAGUAUAAUGAAACGAAACUUGAAGAAGCUCAAGCCGAAGGAAACGGAAGAGGAUGAUCAUCUUAGGGUUUCAGAAAACAACGCCAUCAUCUCAAACCGCAAGGUGUCUUCGCCCGAAGAUCAGAGUUUAGGGUUUGGUGGUGUCUUUGACGAGUUGGGUUACGUAUUACGUGGCUCCCACGAAACUGUUUCCAACAUUGGAUCUUCUACUGCAUCGAAGGUUUCUAGGGAUGUUGGUAGUGUUACGGAUUCUUCUCUACUUGAUCCUUUCACGUUAGGGUUUUCUGGCUGCGAUUAUUUCCCGGUGGAUCCAAUGCUGGCAACUGAUAUUUUGGGGGUUUGUGCCAACGAUGGUGCUUGGGAUCUUUCUUGGAUGGAUUCGGAGUUUUCUUCAACACUAUUUACUGGCUACGAUCCACUUCUGGGAGCCACUGAUUCUGUUACUGCGAGCACUUACCAAACAUCGGUCACAGAUAAUUUAGGCGUCUUCUAGUUCUAGAUUAUGAUAUUGUGGGCAUGAUGAUAACUAUU